AUGUCGAUGCUGAUUGAAGCUUCCGAUGGCAACUUGCAGUUUGUUGCUUGGAAUGCUAAAGACAAUACUCUCACCCAUUGGUGGCGCAAUGGAUCUGAUCCAAGCCAGUCCUGGCAGGGACCCACUGCAACCAUUUCCACCAAAGCGACUGGACCUGGCUGUAUCAUUCAGAGUACCUAUGGGACUCCCACGAAUCCCGGUAACUUUGAGGUGGUAGUCCCUGAAGGCAAUAAUCUUGUCCACUACUACCGUGACAAUACUGCCGCUGGACAGCCUUGGAAAGGACCUAUAGCUACUAUUUCCACCAAAGCAACUGGACCAGCGUCUCUGAUUCAGAGCACUUAUGGGACCCCCAAGGAUCCCGGUAAUUUCGAGCUCGUGGUCCCUGAAGGCAGUAAUCUUGUCCACUACUUCCGUGACAAUAACCCUGCCCUUGACCCGAGUCCCUGGCAUGGCCCUACGGUAAUUACCGACCAGGCGACGGGCCCUGGUGCCCUGAUCCAGAGUACCUACACAUCCUCCGGCUCGAAAUAUGGCAACUUCGAGGUGGUCGCCCCAGUUGGCGGUUCACUUAUUCACUUCUACCGCGACAACUCGAGCGGCAAGUGGAUUGAGGAUGCCACCAUCAUGGCAGGUGGCACAUGGCCGUCUCUAAUCCAGAGCUCUUACGGUACUCCCGAGAACCCAGGCAACUUUGAGGUCAUAACGAUUUCGCAAGGAAACCUUGUCCACUGGUACAGAGAUAACACUACCGGAAUGAAAUGGGCAUCGGGUGGAACUGUUUGUAACAGUGCUGACGGCCCUAACGCGCUUAUCCAGAGUAACUAUGGAGGCUCACCAGGCAAUUUCGAGGUUAUAACAAAUAACAGUGGGAAUUAUACAUACUACUACCGUGAUAACUCGAACCCUCAAAUGCCCUGGUCUACUGGUAAAGUGAUUACCUCUGAAGCGGGCGACUCUGUCAAGGAUGCACCCAAGAAAUAA